AUGACCAAGAUGUUGUCACUCGUCUUACUGUUCGCUUCUUUGUCUCGGGCACAGGAUAACACUCCUCUUCCUUUGCCCUCGCCGACUUCGACGACGUCUGUUACGGUGCCGUGGUCGAGCAUCCCCGUGCCUCCGGCGGCGACAGGAACGGUGUGGUCUUCUACUUCGGCACCUACAUCUGCUCCUGCGGCCUCCGGCGGUAGCGGUGCCGCCACUGGUCAGGGGGCGGUUUGUGGGAAAGGGUUUACGUAUUGUGGGUAUAUCUUGAGGGAUCAUCAAGGCUUCGCCGAAGCAGACAUAGUAAAAUCCUACUGCUCCGCCUCCAAAGAAAACUGCCUCGACGGCAAGACCAAAACCGACCCCAUCCAAGCCCUCUACGUCUGCGUCCCCCCCGACAACUCCACCACCACCUUGUCCCUCACCUCCAACAUCUCCCCCAACUCCAACCCCUACGCUAACUCCGACGACGGCUCCUCCUCCCAUUACUCUUUUCUCAGAUCACUCUUUUCCGGUUUUGGUAGCAACAACAACAAGCUCCACCCCCGCGGCUUCAACAACAAAAAGAGACAAGCCCCCAUCGCCGGCGCAGGCGGCGGCAGCUCCUGCAGCCUGACCGACACCCCGGGCAACAAGAUCGAGCUGCUCUGCAGUUGCGGAGGGACUUGUCUGAAUCCUGACAAGGAUCAUAUCGGGAGGUGUGAUGCUCCGUGUAACUGAUUGAAAAAAAAAAAAAGGACUGGAUAGCAGCAAAAAAGUGAGAGACAGGUUGGACUAACUAGAGACGUUCGUUAACUUACUUUUCGGUGGAGGGGGAGUUAUUUCCUUUGUCAAUAGGUUGGGAUUUGUAUCGCAAGGAAAGUGUAGGGUGAAAGUUUUGUAAUAUGAAUUCACGACGUUCAUUUUUCCCUCUUGACUAACUCCCUGUUCAAAACGCAGUGAUCUGCUAUAAACUAU